GGCAGGCAGGGAGAAUGCGAAAGCGACGUUGGGGCGAGGCUGGGACGGGCGGUGCCUCCUAACGUCGGGCGCCCCUGCGGCGGACGUGACGAGACCCGCCCCCCUUCGCGCGGGCGGGGGUCCAGCCGAGCUCUCGGGGGGGCGCCCGCCUUCGACGUGGUGGUCAUGGUGAACGAGACGGAGGGGCUCCUGAACAGCCUCCUCCAGGAAAUGUGGCCGCAGCUCGGAAACUUCAUCGAGGGGAUCUUGAAGACGACAGUUCAGACGGCGAUCCAGAGGCGUCUGCCCCCGUCGCUGAAGAGCCUCGGGUUCGGCGACCUCUCGUUCGGGGAGACGGCCAUCGAGAUCGAGAACUCCGUCGUGCAGAGGGUGAAGCGGCAGACCUACGAGGGCGAGAGGACGGACCUGAAGGUGACGUUCGGCCUCAGCUGGGACGCCGACACGGACAUAACGCUGAAGGCCUUUGCGGUCGGCCUGGUGGCCACUCACGUGAAGAUGUCCGGGUCGUUUGCGCUGUACUUUGUCAAGUGCUUGCCCAGGCUCCCCUUUUUCAGCGGCGUGCGGCUGUAUUUUACAGAUCGCCCUGCGAUUUCACUCCAGCUGGAGGGCAAGACCUUUGGGAAGCGAGUCAACCUUGGCUGGCUGAACCACAUGCUAUCUGACGUCAUCCAGGAUCAGCUUGAGCGCAGGAUGGUGAUCCCCAAUGUGAUCGGCAUACAGUUCCAGCGCAGUGACCCGCACGCCUGGUUCCAGAUCAGGAGAAUACUGCCCGAGGGUAUCCUUACCCUCCGCGUCCUUGGUGCCCGCGACCUGGCUCCGAAGGACUUCGGCAUUCAGCUACCGUUCGGGGUCAACCUGGGCCACUCCACCUCGGACCCAUACUUUGAGGUGGCCCUCGGGGGCGUGCGCUGGACAUCUACCACGAAAAUGCAGACGCUGCAUCCGACCUGGGAGGAGGACGAGGGGACUAGAGACUUCCUCGUGCACUCGCUGGACGAGCAGCAGCUGCAGCUCCGGAUCUUCGACGCGGACAACCUCUCGCAGGACGACUUCAUCGGCGAGAAAAAGCUGGCGGUGAGAAGCCUGGUGCGCGGCCAAGGCGGCUCCUACGAGCUGGAGGCGGCCGGGGAGGACGGCCCGCAGGGCACGGUGCAGGUCGAGGCGUCCUACGCCCGGCUGCGCCUGGAUCCGGAGCACCUCCGAAUCAUGGUCAGUGAUCCGGCGCGCGCUCAGGCCAUCGGUGCGCGCUUCGUACUCUUCGUCGGCGUGGACAAGCUGCACCACCGUGACCCAGUCCCGGACACCGGGCUCUUUGGGUCCUUUGUUUGCGAGGUCGACGCGGCCGGGGGCUUCGAGGACGGCCCGAGGAUAGUGCGCAGCCGCCGCGUUCAGCAGGGCACCCCCCCGCGCCGGGUGGAGCUGCCUGCGCCUGGCAACCGGACGCGAGGCCGGCAGGACGCCGCUACGCCGCUCGGUGAGUCCAUCUUCCAGAACGUGCUGACCGAGGUGUUCCAGAGCCCGCUUCCAGAGGUGGUCCGCUUCACGGUCACCAGGGGGCCUCGCGAGGGCCGCGAGCCAGAGGUUCUGGGUCGGGGGGAGUACAGCUUAGCGCGCCUCCUUGACGCGCAGGCCAGCACAGAGGAGGCCACGCUGAGGCUGGACGGGCAGGACGGCGGCAGCCUGGACGUGCUCUUGCAGCUGCGGCUGGCGUUACCGCACGACGGGGAGCACGGCCACGAGGCAUCUGCUGUGGGGAGCCAUACCUGGCAGUUGUGGCGGCCUUGGUGGAGAUAGUUGACGCGGCAAUGCGUCCGUCCAGCAGGCCGAGGAGGCUCACUGGUCGAGCUGAGAUGAUUGUCGCGACCAGCCCUCCACCCUGGGAUGGGGCGUCACCCGCAGCCUUGCCAGAUGUAACGUUAUACUUUGUGAUCUCUGAUCUCCUUCAUAAAGGUUUGCUCAAGCCCCGGAAUGCAUCAGCCCACACAGCUUCGGGUAAUGAGGAGUGGUGUCUACGAUGCUGAAACAAAAAAUGCGUCGGGCUUGGAGGGGGCUCGCUGCUCCUUGGGUCUCUCCGUGGUUGUUCCCAUCGUGUGGCAUGGAUCGGGGAACUACCCCCUGCGUUCCCCCUGCAGGUGUCAAAGAAAUGCCACGCUUGCCGCGCCCUGUCAGCGUGGCACGGUUGCCUGAACCAACCCUUGCGCACUCACUUUGGCGCCGAGGACGUGCAAUGCCUGCCAGGCCCUGCGAGCUUGACACGAAUGCCCGAACCACCCCUUGCGCAACCCCUUCUGGUGUCGAGGAAAUGCCA